UAGGGCCCAAGCCAGCCAGGAAGGAGGAGGCAGCCAGAGUGUUCUCUGCAGCAGAAGACCCCUUGCUGCCCUGCUCAACCCAGCCCAGCAUUUGCCAGGUGCAAUUUUCUAGUCCUUCAGGCUCCAAAGAUGAACUUGAAACAGGAUGUAUCAUCUUAUGAAAGAAGAAUCCAGCUAUGGAACAAUCGCUGUUGAUAAAAAUGCAUCUCUGGACCAAAGCAAAGACAGCCUCCCGGUGAAACUCUGCAAUGGGUCUUGCCAUGCUGAGCAGAUCCUCCAGACGCUCAAUUCCUACCGGCAAGACGGUAUCUUCACUGACGCGGUGCUUGUGGCGGACGGACAGGAGUUCCUUUGCCACCGGGCCACCUUGUCUGCCAACAGCAUUUACUUCAGGGCUAUGUUUGCUGGGGGGCAGAGGGGAGGUCCCCAAGGCAUGGUCAACCUCCAGGAGAUCUCAGCAUCCACCCUGAGUCUUGUCUUGGACUAUAUGUAUGGAGGGAGGAUAGUCAUCCAAGAAGACAACGUGGAAGGCAUCCUGGAGCUGUCCAGCUUGCUUCAAAUCCCCAAGCUCAGGGACGCCUGCGUCGUCUUCUUGGAAGGCCAGCUCCACCCUUGCAACUGUCUGGGCAUCAUGAGGUGUGCCAACGCCUUCUCCAUCGCCUCCCUGGCCGAGAAGAGCAAGGAAUUUGUGCUGGGCGCUUUUGUGGAGGUCUCCCAUCACGAGGAAUUCUUGGAACUGGAGGCCGCCGAGCUGGCAGAGUGGCUGUUGAGCGAGCGGCUGGCUGUUCCCAAAGAGGAGGUGGUCUUUGAGGCCGUGAUGCGGUGGGUGCACCACAACGUGGAGGCUAGGAGAAGAGAUUUGAAGGCGCUGCUGGGGUGUGUGCGGCUCCCCCUGUUGGACCCUGCCUACUUCCUCGAGAAGGUGGAGAUGGAGGAGCUCAUCCAGGACUCCAAAGAAUGCCUCCCUUUGCUCCAAGAGACCCGCAAGUAUUACAUCCUGGGCACAGAGGUCCACAAUCGGCGCUCUAAACCGAGAAGAUUCAUGGAAUUAGCAGAGGUGAUUGUCGUGAUUGGAGGCUGUGGCAAGAGAGGCCUCUUGAAGCUCCCCUUUGUGGACAUGUUCCAUCCUGAGACCAGACAGUGGAAGCCUCUCUGCAGCGUCCCUGGGUAUACCAAAUCAGAGUUUGCAGCCUGUACGCUGAAGAACGACGUGUACAUUUCAGGUGGCCACAUCAACAGCAGCGACGUUUGGAUGCUGAGCUCCAAGCUGAAUGUCUGGAUCAAGGUGGCUGGCUUGCAGAAAGGCAGAUGGAGACACAAAAUGGCCUCCCUUCAGGGAAAGAUCUACGCAGUGGGUGGGUAUGACGGCUUUUCCCGCCUGUCCAGCGUGGAGUGCUACGAUGCCUUUUCUACCACCUGGGCAGCUGUUGCACCUUUGCCGGAGGCGGUGAGCUCAGCAGCGGUGGUCUCCUUCCUCAACAAGAUCUACGUGAUCGGCGGCGCAGUGGACGACAGCACCAAUACAGAUAAGGUGCAGUGCUACAAUCCAAAGGAAAACCAGUGGACCCUGCUGCCUCCUGCGCCUUUUAAUCAACGGUGCAUCACUGCUGUCACUUUGGAUGACUUGAUUUAUGUUGUUGGAGGGCUCCUGAGCAGCAUCUUCAGCUACGAUCCCCAGAAGGACACCUGGUGUGAAGUGGCAGCUCUUCCUGGUCCUCUGGAAAGCUGCGGAGUCACUGUGUGCGAGGACAAAAUCUACAUCCUUGGGGGCAGAGACGAGACUGGUGAAGGCAUCGACCAAGCCGUCGCUUUCGACGCAGCUACGGGAAGACUCCAACCCCAGCCGCCUCUCCAGCGCUGCACCAGUUACCAUGGCUGUGUCACCCUCCUCCGGCGUAUCCCUGGAGUUUUCAUUCAGCAAGAAAGUUGCAAGCGGCUGCCCUGUACAGCUUUGCAAGGAUUGGCUGAGCCCUGCCCAGGACUGCCUGCCCUGACCCAGGGAAGUCUAAGGCCGAAUUCAGACAUAACACUCCAGUCCCAGGGAAGGCUGCCUCCGUUACUGAAUUCGGACAUAAUGGAGGCGGCCGCAAACCGGAGGCCCGAGCAGUGAACCUCACUGCAAAGCAAGGCUUCAGACUGGAGUCUGGUGAGUGAAUAUUCAGUUUGAGUUAGGGUUCAAACUGUGGUAACACGCAGUUACACGAACCCCAGCCAUGUGUAACUCCAGUUUUGUGUGAUGUCCGAAUGCAGCCUCGCUCAAGGAAGGCGGAGUCUCUGUCUGGAGGGAUCUGAAGACUCCACAAACUGAUCUGGUGCUCCUGGAGUAGGUGACAAAGAACUGGAAGCGCAGCCUAGAUGGUGUAUUUUACAGUCAUUUGGUUUGUGUGUGGUGUUGUUCACCCCUCAUCCCCACCCCGCCACCCCUUUGUUAGCCCUUUUAAAAAAUAAGCCACCUUCUUUGUUUGGUAA